GUUGCGUUGUUGAUUUGAUUUGUGUCUUGUAGCAGUAGCUUUCGAGGGUUUCUUUCGUUGUGAUUCUCCGAGUUGACUCGCCGACCUUAGAUUUUCUGGAUAAUUUGUUUGGGUGUGCUAGGUUUUAGGGUUUUGUUUGAUCGGAAGUUUGAUGGUUCAGUUGAUGAAUUCUGGCAAGAGAAGGCCGGAAUCUGAAUCGCAGAGCCGGAAAAUGGUUCCUGUGAAGCGGGAGCUGGAGGACUUAAUAGAGGACCAACAUGGACCCUUCAACAAGCGAUCUAAGCUUCCCUCUCCUUCACCGCAGCAGUGUAAUUUGGGAACUGGUGCUUUUCCAGUACCUCCAUCACAAUAUAAUCCUCUUGAUGAUCCCAGUCCAUUGGGUUUGCGGCUCAAGAAGAGCCCAUCACUUUUGGAUUUGAUCCAAAUGAAACUCUCGCAAGGAAAUGCUUCUAAUGUUGGAAUCCAAGUGAAGAAAGAGCAAAAGGGCAUUGCUUCUUCUGGCACUACUGAUAAGCUCAAGGCUUCAAACUUUACUGCCUCAUUUCUAAGGAUUGGGACUUGGGAGUAUAAAUCAAGAUAUGAAGGAGACUUAGUGGCAAAGUGUUACUUUGCAAAGCAUAAGCUUGUAUGGGAGGUUCUUGAUGGUGGUUUGAAGAAUAAGAUAGAAAUACAGUGGUCUGACAUCAUGGCUUUGAAGGCAAAUUACCCUGAUGAUGGACCCGGGACUUUGGAUGUAGUGCUUACUAGGCAACCUCUUUUCUUCAGGGAGACCAAUCCGCAACCCAGGAAGCACACUUUAUGGCAGGCAACAUCAGAUUUUACUGGUGGACAGGCAAGCAUAAACAGGCGCCAUUUUCUGCAGUGCCCACAAGGCUUGUUGGGAAAGCAUUUUGAAAAGCUUAUUCAAUGUGAUCCUCGUCUCAACUUUCUGAGUCAACAGGCCGACAUAGUAUUGGAAUCUCCAUAUUUCGAGCCUAAACUUUCUGUAUUUGAUGAGUCAAAUGAAGUGAAAGAUUUGUUCAAUUUGAAUAGUGAGGGGUCCAACUACUUCGAUUUGCAAGAUGCUGCAUCACCAUCUGGAUUUCAAUCUUCUUCCUCAAAGAAUGAACAACAUGAUCCUGUUGGUAGACCUCCAGAACAUUUUCCCCGAGAAACACCUUCACCUAGCUCAGUAAUGGACACCCAUGUAAUCGAAGAAAUUAGAAGCAGCAGAGCUGAGGAACUGAAGAGGCUCAUAGAUCAAGAUCAGAAUAAAGUAUCUGGGCUCCAUCCCUCAAUGUCGAUGAGUGAUCUAGUAAGCCUGUUUGAGCAUCGGCUUUUGGAACAGGGAACAUCCAACAAUUUUAUCCUUUCCAAUGAUGAAGAACCAAGCUUGGAAAUUUUGGAGGAGAUUAGCCGGUGCUUGUUCAGUGACUCUCAACAUGCAUCAACUUCUGACGAGCAAUGCAUAAUGUCAAGGGUCAAUUCUCUUUGCUGCCUUCUGCAAAAGGAUCCUACAGCUAUUAAAAAUUUGCAGAUUAUAAGUGAUAAUGGUUCUGAUGCAAUGACAGACAAGAGAGUAAGUGAUCCAAACUCCAUAUCUGAAUCAGCUGGUGAAAGCAACGUUGCAGAAGAUUUUACCACGCCUGAGGGAGAGUCGAGCAAUAUCUCUGGUCGCAAGAAGGCACCAGCCAUGUCCAGGAAGGAUUCAGUGGGUGAGUUGCUGCUUAAUCUUCCCCGAAUAGCAUCUCUACCUCAGUUUUUGUUCAACAUCUCAGAAGAUUUUGACCAACAAGCUAGAUAGCUAUCUUCCUUUUCCUUCCUCAACUGAUCGUUAUGUGAAAAGCAAGUAUCUAGAAGAUUGUUUUUACAGUAAUUUGUGAAUAUAGAAUUUGCAGGUUCUUCAUGGAAUUUUGUGAAGUUGGGGGAUUCAGAAAUUUAUAUUGAUGAAGAAUCCUGUCAUGUUCAUAUUUUGGCAUCUGGUGUCUGGUUUAUGUCUAAAUGUAUUCUGUUUAAAUUACUAAAUGUAAAUUGUCUUUCUUCUGUA